AUGGCAGCCAGAGCUUGGAUCGAAACCGACGAGACAGCCAAAGAAAUGCUCUCUAGGGUUCUUACCAAGUCCCCGCCUUUCCAAUUCCGUCCACCUCUCCACCGGCUCCCUCUCCGCGCCGGCAACGUGGUCGAGAUAACUGGGCCUUCCCCUUCUGCCAAAACCCACAUCCUAAUCCACGCCGCAAUCGACUGCAUCCUCCCAGGUCAGUGGAAAGGAGUCGACUAUGGCGGAUUGGACCGCCUGGUCGUGUACAUCGACUUGGACUGUAAAUUCGAUGUGCUGCGGUUAUCCCACUUGCUGAAACUGCGAAUUACUGAAGCAGGUAGUGGAUUACUGUUUGAUGAUGGUGAAGAACUGCAUUCACUGUGCAUGAAGAGAUUCCUAUACGUUCGUUGUUACAGCAGUUUGGAGUUUCUCAGCGCUCUCAAGACAUUGCAUCAUCAGCUUGUUGAGAGGGUGGUAGAAGAAGAAGUUGAGGAGGGUAGUGGAGUUCAUUGUUUGAUGAUUGACAACAUUGGGGCGUUUCAUUGGAUGGACAGGGCAGUUUCUUCUGCUGCAAAAUCUUUGCCGGGUUGUAAUGGGAGAAGAGGCAUUUCACUUGAUAGUAUAGUCGAAGCUGUUGUUAGGGAGAUGAAGAAGGUUCUUGUGGUGCAUCCUAUGCUUGUUAUGGUUACCAAGGCAACUGUACUUGGAGGGGAUAGAAGUGGAAGCAAUGAUGUUACCCAGAAUUCUUCAUAUCGUGAGUUUAUGCCUUUGGUUUGGCAGUCCUUUGUUACACAUAGAUUACUUGUACGAGCUGUAGAUGAUGAUAGUUGCGAGCAGACGAGAUACUUGUUGGAAUGGCUUCUGUCGUCGCCACGGAGUUUUGUGGAGAGGUUUCUGGUGAAGGAUGCUGGACUCUCCUGUGAUCUGUGA